CGUCCAUCCAUCCAUCCAGCCGAGAGCCGAGAGCACCUCGUCCCUGUCGUCGCGUGCCUCCCUCCCCCGUCCGCCGUUGGUUGGUUCGUCUUACCCACCUCCUCCCUCCCUCCCUCCCUCCUCCGGGAAAUCGCAGGAUUUUCACCGGCUUCCCGUUGACGUUUCCGCCACUGCGGGGAGCAGAGCACGCACAAGCACAAUUCGAAACCCCCUCGCACACUCCCCUCCCUCCCUCCCCUUCCGUGCCUAGGCGGCAACGCCUCUUCUCCCCUCGCCUCACCUUUAUAACCGAGAGAGCGGGCGGCCCCUCCCGCGUGAGGCACCGAGGACGGGGGCAGACAGAAGCGCAGCGCAGCGCAGCCGAGGCGAGACGAACCCCUCCCCUCCCUCCACCACCGUCCACCGGGCAUCCCUGACAGCGGAGGAGGGACAUGGAGCCGGCCGAGAAGAAGCCGCCGGCGGUGUCCGACCUCGGCGCCUGGGGGAUGAACGUCGUCAGCUCCGUCGGCCUCAUCAUGGCCAACAAGCAGCUCAUGUCCUCCGCCGGCUACGCCUUCUCCUUCGCCACCACGUUGACCGGCUUCCACUUCACCGUCACGGCGCUCGUCGGGUGGAUUUCCAAGGCCACCGGCUACUCCGCCUCCAAGCACGUCCCCCUCUGGGAGCUCGUCUGGUUCUCGCUCGUCGCCAACGCCUCCAUCACCGGGAUGAACCUCAGCCUCAUGCUCAACUCUGUUGGCUUCUAUCAGAUCUCCAAAUUGAGCAUGAUUCCGGUGGUUUGCAUGAUGGAAUGGGUACUCAACAGCAAGCACUACACAACAAAGGUUAUAUCCGCAGUGGUUGUCGUGGCAGCCGGCGUCGGGAUUUGCACCGUCACCGACGUGGAGGUCAAUGCUAAGGGCUUCAUUUGUGCUUGUGUGGCUGUGUUCUGCACGUCGCUUCAACAGAUUACAAUUGGCUCCUUUCAGAAGAAGUACAACAUUGGGUCAUUUGAGCUGCUGAGCAAAACUGCACCAAUACAGGCAGUGUCACUUAUUAUACUGGGUCCCUUUGUGGAUUACUACCUAAAUGGGCGUUGGCUAUUGAACUACAGUUUUUCAACAGGGGCAACUUUCUUCAUACUGCUUUCAUGCUCCUUGGCUGUCUUCUGCAACAUGAGCCAGUACCUCUGCAUCGGCCGGUUCUCUGCAACCUCUUUCCAGGUCCUGGGCCACAUGAAAACGGUGUGUGUGCUGAUCCUCGGCUGGGUUCUGUUCGACUCGGCUCUCACCAUCAAGAACAUACUCGGGAUGCUGCUCGCCAUCAUGGGCAUGGUGGUCUACAGCUGGGCCAUGGAGUCUGAGAAGAAGGCCACCUCAGCGAUCCCGCGGAACAAGAGCGACAUGCUGGACGGGGAGGACGUGCCCCUCAAGUCCAGAACGAGCGGCAUUCCGCUGUCCUCGGAACUCGACGACCUCGAGGAAGGCCCGAUGAAGAGCUAGCCUGUCCCUGCUAUUCAUUCAUUCUUCUUGGUUCUUUUGUAUGUGUUUGAUCCACAAUGUCCGCCAGUCCAGUCCUCGAAGCUAUCGACAAUCUUGUUAAUUUUGCCCCUUGCUUGCUGGGUGGAGUUUCAUCAUAGGUGAUGACGACCCCGGCCGGCCGUCCUCGGAGUAGAUGACCACCACCUUAGGAAAUUUGUCAAGGCCGAUAUGGGCCGAGCCAUGGUGAUUCGUGAUGGCGUGUUGUUAUAGACGGCAACAGAUUAUACUUAUAAUGGAAUACAGGUGUUCCCCCGUUGUAGGA